UUUCAGUUGUUGAAAUGCUUAUGCCUAUCUAGUGUCUCUUUCAUGAUAAAUUUAAUCUCUAGCUCGCUGGCUACUACUGCAGCUGCAGGUACACAUGUUCUAUUUAAAGGCUGCAGGUUGCCUUGUCCUUGGCGAAACAAUCUAGCGAACACGGCAAACAUAUACUUCAUGGCGUCAAGAGGUGCAACCACUCCAGGGAAGCCGUCCAGCUUUGAGCCCUCAGUCUGGGGUGACUUCUUCAUCAACUAUGAGCCACAACCACUGCAGAGUUGUGAGGAAUGGAUGAGAGUGAGGGUCAUAAAGUUGAAGGAGGAGGUAUGCAUGCUCUUUAAGGGUUGCAACCGGGCGGUGCGGAAAAUGAUGUUAGUGGAUGUACUCCAACAUCUUGGACUAGAUCACCACUUUGAAGAACAGAUCAACACAGCAUUAAGCGAAAUCCUCGAGAGUGAAUUUAGCAGCUACAAUCUCCACGAUGUUGCUCUUAGGUUUCGCCUGCUUAGGGAGCAUGGAUGUUGGAUAUCUCCAGAUGUUUUUGACAAAUUCAAGGAUGAAAAUGGAAGCCUUAGAGAGGAUAUUACUAAAGAACCAAGAGGACUAUUAAGUUUAUACAACGCGGCUCAUCUUCUGGUACAUGGUGAGACAUCAUUGGAAGAAGCUAUCGCUUUUGCAAGGCAUCAUCUUAAAUCAAUGAGGGGUAGUCUCAAGUCCCCGUUAGCGAAGCAAGUCAAACGUGCUCUGCACCUUCCACUGCCAAGGACAUACAGGAGGGUAGAAACAGUGCAUUUUAUCUCCGAAUACAAAGAAGAUGAAGGGCAUAACCCAAUUCUACUAGAGCUUGCUAAGCUUGAUUUCAACCUUCACCAACAUCUCCACUUGAAGGAACUCAAGUCUAUGACAAAGUGGUGGAAGGAACUUUCUGAAUUCAUCGGGCUUAGUUAUGUUCGAGAUCGUGUGGUGGAGAACUACCUUUGGUCCUUUGUGGUGCACUACGAGGAGCAUUUUGGGCUUGCACGAGUUAUCUCUGCCAAAAUUAAUGUACUACUUACCAUCAUGGAUGACACACAUGAUGACCAUGCGACCAUAGAGGAAUGCCAAAUGCUACAUGAAGCCGCACAAAGAUGGGAUGGGAGUGCUAUUUCUCUUCUACCAGAGUACCUGAAAAGGUUCUAUAAAGAAUUGUUGGGGAACAUUAAGGAGAUUGGCGAUGAAAUGGCAACCAGUGGCAACUACAAAAUCGCCUACAUCAAGAAGCAGUUCCAAAAUCAAUUCAGUUACUAUCUUCAAGAAGCCCAAUGGACACACAAGUGUCACAAACCAAGCUUUGACGAGCAGGUGAAUCUGGGUGUCAUGACCAUAUGUGUUCCAACAGUAUCUGUGUGUGGCAUGGCUGCCAUGGGCGAUGCAAUGCCAAAGGAGGCGCUGGACUGGGUAGUUGGUCUCCCUGAUGCCAUCAUAGCAAGUGGGAAGAUUGCCCGCUUCAUGAAUGACAUUGCUGCCUUUAAUCGUGUAAAGAGCAAGGGGGGCGCGGCGAGCUCCGUGGAGUGUUACAUGGCAGAGCAUGGGGUCACAAGGGAGGUUGCCAUUGCAAAGAUCGGGUCACUAAUUGAAGAUGGUUGGAAAAGUCUGAACCAAGCACGUUUUGGAGAUCGAGCGUUGCUCCCAGCGGUGCAGAGGGUUAUCAACCUUGCUCUAAGCUUCCCUCUAUAUUAUGGCGGGGGAAACGAUGCAUUCACAGUCAGCACACGUCUUCGUGAAACUAUUGAGAUCCUCUUUGUGAAUCCAAUUCCUAUGUAAUUUAGGGAUUUGAUACACUGUAGCAAAUAAACUUGUACAUACACCAAAAUUUUAUUUGCUUCAUUUUUUAGAUAAAUAUUGUUAUUUGCUUAAGAAAACCAUGAUCAGAGGCAGUUCCAAACACAUGAC